UGAGGGUGUGGGGGUACUGAGGAGGGGCUGACUCCCUGAUUGUGCCUCCACCACCAGCACUGCCCCCUGUGGACGGCCACCCUCUAUGAGCCAGCUUCUUCAGGUCUGAGGAGGAAAUGGAAGUGUGUGCUCAGCCAACCCCAUCUCAGCUACCUGUGAGCUUCAAGGAUGUGGUGGUGAGCUUCACACGUGAGGAGUGGGCACGGCUGGACCUGGUGCAGAGGACACUGUUCCGCGACGUGACUCUGGAGACAUGUGACCACCUUGUCUCUCUGGGACUUCUGCUCCCCACUGUGGAUGUGAUCUCCUGCCUGCAGCGAGGUGCUGGCCCAUGGAGGGCAGAGCAGGAACCACCUCCCCGAGAGUGGAAGACUACACUUGAAAAGAAAGAGUCCAGUUCUGAAGAGGAUAUUGGUGUGGAAGAACCAUCUUUCCGUGUGGAAAUGAAAUGCUGUCCAGGGGGCCCCUGGUCUGAGUCCGUAGGAAAAAUACAGGAUUGGAGGGACCAGCCGGAGGAGUCUUUGAGUCAGAUUGUACCUACCUCAGGGGAGAAUGUGUUUGCUAAAGAGGAACAUUGUGAGCAUGACCUUGGCGGAAGUUAUCUGAGUGAAAGCCUUCUACCUCUGACAUUACCCACAAGAACACAUUUGCACAAGCGUGGCUCACAGUUCAAAGGGUUGAAACAGAACUCAGUUUUCAUUAAUCCUCAGAAAGGCGGUGCCCGUCUGCAGCCCUGUGAAAACCUUGGAAGCACCAGGGCUUUCUCUGAGAACAUUCACUUGAAUAAACUUGCAAAUGUUAAAACGGGAAAUAAUAAGCCUUGUGAUCUCACGGUCCACAGUGACUCUCUCCACGGUGGCACAUCUGUUCGUUUCCAGAGUAGAAGUUUUCCAGUAGAGAAGAGAAAUUACUGUAAGGACAAUGGAAAUGUUAAGCACAGCGUGUCCCUGAAUGGAAACAAGCCAAUGCAUUUGGAAGAAAGUCAGUACACAUGUGACAAAAGCUCCGUACAAACUGAAAUAAUUGUGGGUGAUCCUGGAUGUGAGGAGGACCAUGGUGCUUUCUGCUCAGCCUCAUCUGUCCAUGAUGGUGAUAUCUGGACCAGAAAGAAGCCACGUUCAUGUAAAUUACGUGGAAAAUCCUGCAGUUGUUGCUCUGAGCUUGCACACCAGAGGACACACACUGGAGAGAAGCCAUAUACUUGCAGUCAUUGUGAAAAAGCUUUCAAAUGGAGAUACCUCCUCAUUGUGCAUCAGAGAACGCACACUGGGGAGAGGCCUUAUCAGUGUAACCUGUGUGUUAAAACCUACCGUGGUCAGUCAGCUCUUAUAAAACACAGGAGAACCCACACAGGUGAGAAACACUAUGAAUGUAACGAUCGUGUAAAGUUCUUGAACCGGCAGGGUCACCUUACUAGGCAUCAGAGAAUUCAUAGUGGAGGGAAACCUUACUUGUGCACUCACUGUGGAAACUCCUUCAGCCGUAGCUCUGACUUCGUUGCACAUAAAAGGAUUCACAGUGGAGAGAAACCAUACGAGUGUAACCACUGUGGGAAAUCUUUUUGGGAGCGAAAACAGCUUCUUGCACAUCUUCGAACUCAUGCUGGAGAGAAAAAAUUUUAUGAAUGCAGUCAUUGUGAGAAAGUUUUCAAAUGGAGGUCUCACCUCAUUCUGCAUCAGAGAACACACACUGGAGAAAAGCCUUAUGAGUGUAUUGACUGCGGGAAAGCCUUCAGUGAUGGGUCAUCUCUCAGAAAACAUGAGAGGACACACACUGGUGAGAAACCCUACCACUGUGACCAGUGUGGGAAAUCUUUUCGGCAGCAGUCACAGCUGGUUGUGCACCAGCGAACGCAUACUGGAGAGAAACCUUAUGAAUGCAGUCAUUGUGGGAAAGCUUUCAGCCAGAGAUCUGGCCUCAUUGUUCAUCAGAGAACACACACUGGAGAGAAGCCCUAUAAGUGUAAGAUUUGUGUUAAAGCCUUCAGCCAGAGAUAUCUCCUUAUUGUGCACCAGAGAACACACACUGGAGAGAAGCCCUAUCAGUGUACCAUGUGUGUUAAAGCCUUCAGUGGUCGUUUAGCUCUUCAAAAACAUGAGAGGAUACACAAGGUCAAGAAACCCCAUGAAUGAAUGUAAUCAUUGUGAAAAGGUUCUUUAUGUGGCAGUCGCCUUACCAGGCAUCAGUGAAUUCACACUGGAGAGAAACCACAUUUGUGUGCUCAUUGGGCAAAGUCCUUCUGCUGUAACCCUUCAUAGCAUAUAAAAGGAUUCACACUGGAGAGAAGCCCUAUAUGUGCGACCACUGUGGGAAAACCUUUUAUCAGUGAUCAUAGCUUGUGUAUCUGUGUAUUCAUUCCAGAGGCAAGAAACUUUACUAAUUCAGUCAUUGUACAAAAGGUUUCAAAUAGAGAUCUCAUUAUGCACCAGAGAACACACUGGCAUGAAUCCUAUAAAUGUAAUCACAAUGAAAAGACCUUUUUAUACUAGAGAGAAACCUUAUAAGUGUGAUGGAUGGGAGAAGGCUUUCAAUUAUUAUAAAUCCCUUAUUCAAUGUGAGAAAGCUAAGGGGAGAGAAACCCUGUGAGUAAUUAAGAUGGAAAAGCUCAAUGCCAGAACUUCUUUUCUAGACAUCAAACAACCACAUGCAUCAGAAUUGCUUGGUGUUUACAUUGAAACUGCAGAUUACCAAGCUUACCCUUAUUUAUGAGAUCAGAAUCUCUAUCAGUAAAACCCAAGAACCUGUCAUUUCCUGAACCAGCACAAGUUACUUGUAUGUGCACUAAAAUGUGUGGACUUAAACAUUUAGGUGAGAGGGUAUGAACAUGACAACUGAUGGAAAGCUUGCAAAGCUUUUAGUAGGAAAUAGGAAAUUCAGAAUAGAACUGUGUCCAUCAGAUUAUCAUUUUAUUGCAAACAACUGCCCAAACUUAAUCAGAUGUUAUCCCUAUAAUACAUUCCUAGAAAUGAUAAGGUAUUGGGAGAUUUGUUCCCCUCAAAAAAAGGCUACAGUGUAUAUCAAUAAUGGUUUAAUGGAGAGGCCAUUACUGUAGAUUUGAGCAAAAUGAAAGCAGGUGGGAGACCAUCACCUGGAGAUGCAGAGUGGAAAAGGCUGAAGCCAGGUCCAUGAGGACAGGACCUACAGCACUGGAGGUCUCAGCCCCUUGACAGGGUUUCUGACUAGUGGGGCAGAAAAGCAAGGUUAACUGAUGGUCUGUUGGUGAAAUUCCAAGUUUCUUCCUCCUCCUUGUUUUGCAUUACCUGCCUGUGGGUGAACAAAAUAAAAUAGGGGGUGAAUGAAGUAUCCCCCCCCAAAAAAAAAUUGAAUCUGGGGACUAGGAGAUUGGUGAAUUAUGCAACACCUAGUUCUGGCCCUACUCCCUUCACAGCAAAUCUUUCCAUUAAACUAGUUCCCCUCCCCAUCUAUGGAGGCUCCCAUGUUUUCUUCCAUAGUCUCUUCAGUAUAGAUGGAGGUAGGGAGCAAGAGACUUGAAAGCUUUCAAUGUAAAAGGAAAAAUAGGUUUUUUAAAGGAAGAACAGAUACUCAAGAAAACCAAACAUUUAAAUUGAGAUUGAGCCAAGAAAUAAUUGCAAAUGAAAAUGAGUCUAACAUAACUCUUAACAGAGUUAUGAGAAUAAAAAUACUUUGUUUAAAAAAUAAAAAGAGUUGGAAAAGAAAAAGGAAACCCCUGUAGAGCUGAAAGAAAAUCUUAAGAUCAUGCCAAAUAGUUUCCAGAAUUAUUGGGGUCCAUGUAGCAUGAGAAACUAAAAUACUGUAGCCAAGAAAUUGUAGAAACUUCUGAAAAAUAGAAGUUUGAAACUAAGAAGAGGAAUUUUUUUAAAAAGUGUUCUAACAGUGGGGGAGUAGGGGGUGUGUAUCAGAACUUUAGGUAAAACAAACUGUUAAAAGGAAACAAAUAUACAAGGCAGUUGUAGUCCAGACUUUAGAAAGGAGUCUUCAUUUGACUGUGAUGUUAAUAUUUCAUCCUAGAAAAGGCAGAGGACUCAUGAUAAUUGCAAUAAAAGAGGGAGAAAUAUA